AUGAGUAUUCGGGAAAUCUACAAAGUCCAACAGUUUGAAACCCAACUUGCUCUAGCCACCGCAAAACGAGCUGCAGAUUCUUUAUCCCAACUAAGUGAUGGCUCAAAUAUGAUUUCUAAAUAUCCCACUCCUGGCCAACCCUGUUCGACUUGCCUAAAAUGGACUGGCCAUUUGACAGAUUUUCAAAAGCUGGUUGAUAUUUCUUUAGAUCGCUUCGCAGCUGAUCGAAUCGCCUUGGCCGAUUUCGCCUUAGAGUCCGCUGGCGCCUCUAUUGUUGGUACCCGAUGCACCCGCACCUAUACGGAAGGGGCUGCUGUGUUAAAAUUUCUUGGUAUUCCACUUGCUUUUAUUAGCAGAUCUCCCAGCCUGCAUUACUAG